AUGAGAAAGAUUGAUUUGUUUUCAUCUUAUUUUUUCUUUAAUGUUGAUGCAUAAUAAGCUAAAAGAGGUUCAAAAUGUGGCGCACUUCUAACUUUAAUUACUGUUGCUACUGCUGUCAUUUAUCUUAUUUACUUAUCAUUGGGUUAUUUUAAUAAUUAAAUUGAUCCCAAAUUUAGAACAUAAACAUUUAUUAGUGAUGAUUAAAUUGAUGUAACCCUAAGUGAAGACCUUGUUGGCUUCAGAUUUGAAUAUUUGCCAAAUCAGACAUUAGAUUAGCUGCAAAUAAAAUUAAACAAAACUUAUAUAGUUUAUAAACCUGUUUUUUUUUACUAAAAUAUGGAAUAUUAUGAAUAUUAUCCACUAAAUAUAAUAAAUUGUACAAACCCUCAGCUUGAAGGUUAUAAUUGCCUAGACUUUUCUUAAAUAUAAAAUUACACUUUGACAAUCAACACAAAAAAAAACUUCCUAUCAUAAAUAUUUAUAUUAGUUUAUGGGUGCAAUGAUAUUGAUACUGUUAAAACUUCAAUUCCAGACAACUGCGCGCUUUAGUCUGAUAUUGACUCUUUAAUUAACAACUAAAACUCAAACCUUCGCUUAAAGCUUUAGACUACUCAAUUUAACACAAGUACAAAAUAAAUACAGGUAGCUUAUAAAAAUUCAUUUAUAUUUACUUCAGGAAACUAAUUCAUGCAAGCAAGAUUUAAGGUAUAAUAACAAAUAACUACAGUUAGAUAAGGUUUCUUAUUAUAAUACUAGAAUAUAUAUUCUUAUCCUAGUAAUUAUGAUACUUUCAAUUAAUAAUUUGAUAAAAUCUAUGCAAAUGAAACUUCAGGUGUGAGUCCUUAUGUAUAAGCUUCAUUGUCUAUGGACGAGCAAGUAUACCUAACUAAUAUUUAGUUUCCUAUAUUUCCAGAAAUAUUAGCAGUUGUGAAUAGUAUAUUUACAAUGAUGAUGACACUAGGAGUAAUAGGUAGAGCUUGUGCUUAAAAAUUAAUAAAAUAGUAAUUUUUCCUUUUAUUUCUGUAAAACCUAUAUUUAGACACUUAUGAACAGAUACUCUAAAUAAACAACAAAUUAAAAAAAAGUGAAAACAUCAGCUUAUAUAUAAAGCCAGAUGACCAAUAAAUAGGAGAUGAACAUGAAGGGCAUAAAAGCUCUUUAUCAAUUACUAUACCAUCAUUUUAAACUAAAUCUAAACAAUAGACAAUUAUAUAAAAAUUUAAAUUCAAAGAUCCUCCUAAUGAAUUUUAAGAUGAACAACUAACAGAAUAAAAUGAGUUAAUAUAAGCAUAAACAUUACCUAGUGAGUAUAAUUUUACAGAUUGUAAUUCUAAUUAUACAAAAAGUAGUUAUUCAAGCUCUCAACAGUAAAUCUUAAGUAAAAAGGAUAAGUCUCAUUAUCUUUCUCAUAUUUAAAUAAAACCGAAGACUCCAAGAAAAGGAAGUUCUCUGCAAUCUCUUUUUAAAAAAUAAUCUCUAGAAUAAAUUUAAAUACCUGGAAAAUAAUAAUUUAAAUUUAGGAUAAAUAAAACAAAACUCAGUAGAACAUAAAUUACUUCUAUUUGUAAAACAUAAUAAUUAGUUGACCAAUCAACUUAAUAAAUUAAGUAAAAUCUACCUUAAAAUAAAGAUUCUUAAGCAAUAGUUGAUUAUUUUACUAGUAAGCUAAAAGUUAUUUAAAGCCUAGAUAUAAUAAAAAGUCUUAAAAACAAAAUUUUUGGAAAAAAUUUAUGGAAAAAUAAGCAAAAUAUAGAGUUUCCAGAUAUCGCUAUGCCUGUAUAAAAAAUAAUUGAACAACAAGUGAAUAAAAGCUUGGAUAUAUUUUAGCUUUAUAAAGACAUUAUUUUCUUAAAGAAAGCAGUUAUGAUACUCUUGACUAAAGAUUAAUUAGCUGCUUUAUAGCUAGUUGGUUGUUCACCUGCAUUUUUGAUUAAUACAAGUGACCCAAAUAUCACUAGUAAUCAAUGUCGAUAAAAUCAAAAGAAGAAAAAUCAUUUCUAGAAAUAGUUUGCAAUAUCUUAAUCAGAAGAUUUAUAAAAUAAAUAUAUAAAAAAGUUUAUUUCCAGGUGCUCAAAUGAAACUAAUAUUAACGAGACAGAUUAUAGGAUUCUUACAUCAUUUAUUAAAAAUGAAUCCAUAUGA